UCCCCGGGUUACCUGCAGUCGUUUGAUUCAACAUUACUGUUGUUCCUCGGGUUUAAUAUUUUCCUUUAGGUUUUGCUGUGUCGCUAAUCGUCUCUACACGGAGACAUUACUGACAGGUUUUUACGGAGAUUGUUUGAAGAGACUGAAUUAAAACGAUCAGCUUGUUGUGUCUGAGCAGGUGGAGGUAAUGCACCUAUAAAUUGGUUGCCAGUUGGCAAAAACAAUAAAGAAGAAGAAGACGUGUCUGCUGAAGGGGAAGAGACUAUCAUCAUUUACCAAGUCUUCUCCUUAAAUGAAGGUUAAAUAUGAGAAAUACUAAGAUAGCAUUAUCUGGUCUGAACACAUCUCAUGAAGAAAUGAAGGAGGAAAAUUACCAGUGUUCAAGUUAUGGGAAGAUAUUUAGUUACCAAAGUAAUCAGAAAAAAGCUCAGCAAGUUCACACGGAAGAGAAGCCGUAUCCCUGCUCUCAGUGUGGAAAGUGUUUUACCACUGCUAGUAAAGUACGAACACACCAGCUCGUUCACACUGGAGAGAAGCCAUAUCCAUGUUUACAGUGUGGAAAGAGUUUUGCUCAUUCUAGUAAUCUUCGGAUACACCAGCGCAUUCACACAGGAGAGAAGCCCUAUUUCUGUUCACAGUGUGGGAAGAGCUUUACCACUGCUAGUGACCUUCAAAAACACCAGCGCAUUCACACUGGAGAGAAGCCGUAUCCUUGUUUACAGUGUGGAAAGAGUUUUGCUCAUUCUAGUAAUCUUCGGAUACACCAGCGUGUUCACACUAGAGAAAAGCCUUAUUUCUGUUCACAGUGUGGGAAGAGUUAUACCUCUGCUGCUGGCCUUCAAAUACACCAACGCAUUCACACUGGAGAGAAGCCGUAUCACUGCUCACAGUGUGGGAAGAGCUUUAAGACUGCUAGUAGUAUACGAAUACACCAGCGCGUUCACACUGGAGAGAAGCCGUAUCCAUGUUUACAGUGUGGAAAGAGUUUUGCUCGUUCUAGUAAUCUUCAGAUACACCAGCGCAUUCACACAGGAGUGAAGCCUUAUUUUUGUUCACAGUGUGGAAAGAGUUUUACCUCUGCUGGUGACCUUCAAACACACCAGCGCAUUCACACAGGAGAGAAGCCGUAUCACUGCUCACAAUGCGGGAAGAGUUUUAAGACUGCUAGUGAUAUACGAAGACACCAGCGCAUUCACACUGGAGAGAAGCCGUAUCCAUGUUUACAGUGUGGAAAGAGUUUUGCUCAUUCUAGUAAUCUUCUGAUACACCAGCGCAUUCACACAGGAGAGAAGCCCUAUUUCUGUUCACAUUGUGGGAAGAGCUUUACCUCUGCUGGUGCCCUUCAAAUACACCAGCGCAUUCACACAGGAGAGAAGCCCUAUUUCUGUUCACAUUGUGGGAGGAGCUUUACCUCUGCUGGUGCCCUUCAAAUACACCAGCGCAUUCACACAGGAGAGAAGCCCUAUUUCUGUUCACAUUGUGGGAGGAGCUUUACCUCUGCUGGUGCCCUUCAAAAACACCAGCGCAUUCACACUAGAGAGAAGCCGUAUCCAUGUUUACAGUGCGGCAAGAGCUGUAAAUCUGGUAGUGAAAUGCAAACACACCAGUGCAUUCACACAGAAGGGAAGCGGUAACACCAUUACAAUGUGGAAAAUGUUGUAUGUAUUGCUGUCAAGUCUAAAUAGACUGCAUGUCCAAAAAAAUUUAAUUAACAUCAAGAGGGUCAAUUUAUUGGACUACUUUAAGCAAAGAAAACAACCAAGGAGGUCUGAAGUUUCUGGAACUGUGUUGGGUUAAGUAAGCUUCAAAUUAUUAUAUGAAUGGAGAUCACUUGAACACUGGAAGAAUUUGCAUGGCAAAAAGGCAACAGGUAAAACUUUAGGUAUGUUUUUAAUAGUGAAAGUAAGACCAUUUCUAUACACAUGUGCUGAGAACGUUGUGUGUAAAGAAAAUCAUACUUUCAGCUGAUGACCUAAAUGUACUGAAUGACCUGCACUCUAAAAAAUAAA